GCACACCACAUCCCAAGAUUCUCUUGGUGUGUGAUUCGUGUGGGGCCGUCGGGCCCGCAUGUCAUUGGCCCUUCAGCCCCUCUGCCCUAUUUAGAGAGGCGGCUCGUCCCACUCCUCCCUCGUCUUAUAUCUAGGGUUCAGGGUUCUUGCGGCGGCGGCGCGACUUCCUCCCCCCUCUUGCGAAGGUCUAGGGUUUGGCUGCGUAGAGGAGAGAGGCUUUCCCCCUCGUUCAGUCGGGAGCCGCCAUGAGCCGAUCGGGGCAGCCGCCGGAUCUGAAGAAGUACAUGGACAAGAAGCUCCAAAUCAAGCUGAAUGCGAACCGCGUUGUCAUUGGCACGCUUCGUGGAUUUGAUCAGUUCAUGAAUUUGGUGGUGGAUAACACUGUGGAGGUCAAUGGAGAUGAGAAGACCGACAUAGGGAUGGUUCUGAGAGGAAAUAGUGUGGUGAUGAUUGAAGCCCUUGAACCAAUUGCCAGGUCUCAGUGAUAUUUUGGCAUACCUGCUUCUGGUUUAGUACUUAAUAGUGUUUGGUCAAAACCGACGCUUAUGGAAUCAGGCAAAUUGUAUCCUAAUAUUUGUAAUGUGAGAUUUAGCACUUGCUGUAUAGUUUGGAGUUUGGACUGUCUUUAGAGAUGCUUGCCUGGCUCACUCAAACUUACAUUGUUGGGAUUCAAUGCUAUUUUGGUCCAGACUUGGCCCACUAUUUGUGCAA